UUUGCUUAAUUCUUCCCGAGAAAAUGGUUUCAUCUCCAAAAAUGGACACCGUUUUCGGCAGCCUAUGCAGAACCCUUCUGAUAAUCUGUCUUGUCUUUUAUUUUGCCUUCAUUUACCUUUCCAACCAGUACCCUAAUUGUCCAGCUUCAGACUUCUUCUCUCCUUUCCUGAAACGGGCACCUCUGUUAGCAUCAGACACAACUGAUGAAACAGAAACAGUUGGUUCUCCGACCAAUCUAAGUCACCUGGUAUUCGGCCUCGUCGGCUCAGAAAAGGCCUGGCACCAUAGAAAAGCCUAUAUCGAAUCAUGGUGGCGGCCGAACGUCACACGGGGGCUACUGUUUCUGGACAACCCCCCAACUCCAGGGCUUCUCCCUUGGUCUCCGGCUUCUCCUUCUUACAGAAUAUCCGAUGACCUGACCAAGUUCCUUAACAAGACCGACGUUACGCCUCAACGGAUAAUACAUGCAAUAAUGGAGGUGUACAGGGAGGAUCAUGAAAACAUGAGAUGGCUGGUGAUGGGGGACGACGAUUCGAUACUGUUCCUGGAUAAUAUAGUUGAUGUUCUUGCGCAAUACGAUCAUACUAAGUACUAUUAUUUUGGGGGGCAUUCGGAGUUUAUUUUGUCGAAUUAUUGGUUCUCGUUCAGCCAGGGAUUCGGCGGGGCUGGAUUCAUUUUGAGUUACCCUUUGGCGAAAGCCCUGGCUGCAGACAUGGAGAAUUGUUUGAGAAGAUAUAGGCACCUGAAUGCUGCUGAUCUUACCACUAUGGCGUGUAUUGCUGAUAUUGGAGUCAGCUUAACUGCCCUCAAAGGAAUUCACCAGAUUGAUUUGCGUGGCGAUAUCUCGGGAUUCUUAUCAUCACACCCAAAAUUCCCCUUAUUGUCCCUUCACCAUUUCGACAUGGUGGCGCCAAUAUUUCCAUCCAAGGACCGUGCUGAGUCCACGCGCCACCUCAUGAAAGCGGCGGCCGUCGACCAGUCCCGCAUGUUGCAGCAAACCAUCUGCUACCACAGGCAAAGCAACUGGUCCUUCUCCAUUUCUUGGGGCUAUUCUGCACACAUAUACGAGAGGAUUAUGCCCCGUAGCUAUCUACAGUACCCGAUCGAGACGUUCAAAACGUGGGGAAGGAGCCCGCGGCCGCCGCAUUACAUGUUCAACACGCGGAGCCCCUCCAGCGAUCCUUGCGAGGCGCCGCAUAUUUUCUUCUAUGAGAGUAUAAAUAAGACGGCGGAGAAUGAGAUUUUAACCAGCUUUGCUCGGGCCUGGCCGCGGGGAUUGCCUGCUUGUUCCUCAACUGGGAACCAUUCUGCUGAUUCCGUUUCCAGGAUUCAGGUCUAUUCGCCUGCCAGAAAGCGUUUUCAGAUGGAUAGAAGUGAAUGUUGCGACGUAGUUGGAGUGAAUGAAAGCCAAGCGGAUGUCAGAUUAAGGGAGUGCGCUGCGGAUGAGAUUAUUGCUUAACGGAUCAUUUUAUGUUUCCCAAGAGACCCAAAAAAAUUCUUCUAGAAGAAAUUAAGCUUCUGGGUAAUUUAUGAGGUGUUCUCUUAGAGAUGUUACCUUCUCAUGUCACUGCAUUAAUUUCAUGUUAGCUUUCCACUAUUUAUCAAUUAGUGGGUCAUUUAUGAAUUAGUUAGUCUAAAUAAAUUAAUAUUUCCCUGAAAUAUAUAAUUAGAGAAUUCAUAUGUUCUUCUGCUCGAUCCAACUUAUGAAGUUGA